AUGCUGGCCUGCCGUUCGAGCUGGUCGAGGGUUGUAGCAGCCCGCCAUCCGAUCUUUCAAUGUCUUGCGACCGCCAGUGCUCCGCCGCGCUCAUUCUGCAGUGCGGCGGUGGACGGGAACUGUGUGGUGCAGAACGGGCUGCAUGACCAAAAUCCCCAGAAUUUGGAGGUUUGUGGGCAGUCGGGUCGACGCUAUUCGAUUGAGAAAAUCUUACAGGAGAAAGAACUGAGCAAGUUACGGGUGUAUCUCGCGGUUUCGAGUGGCCAGCGAUUCAUAUUGAAGGAAGUCUCUGGGCAGAAAUUCGAUUAUUAUCAGAACAUCCACAGGGAGCUGCGGAGUCCAUAUCUCCGGUGCCUGAGUGACACUGUUCCGGAACAGUCGUUGUUCGUGUAUAAAUACUUCACGGACCAUUUACUAGGAUUGGCUCCGCAGGCAGAGCUGUCGGUCAGUACGACUAAGCGGAUCCUUAGGGACGCUCUGCGAGGAAUUGCGGCGUUGCAUGAACGUGAUAUUGUUCACACGGAUAUAAAAGCAAACAACAUUUUUAUAAACCGAAAAUUUGGCAACGGAGACCAGCAAAAGAUAGUCAUUGACCAGGUACAGCUGUCUGAUAUUGAGGAUGCUGUCUACCUACCUCCUGGCGAGUAUAUAACGGGAAAGCAGGUAGGCAACUAUAUGUGGAGGAGUCCUGAAGCACAUGCCCAAGGCCCAGUUAGCAAGCCUUCGGAUAUGUUCUCAUUCGGCGUUGUAUGCAUAUAUGCGAUCCUUAAAGAAGCGAUUUUUUCCAUGGACGAAAGCAGACUCCCAAAAGGGGUUAACCCGCUGUCCGUCAUCCUCGAACGCCAGCUGUCUUAUUUUGCGGAUGCACAAAGCCUGAACGGAUUUUUGGUGUAUCUAGGCGAGGAGAACCCUUGGUGUAACGCUUUCAAAACUCUCUGGGAAGGGUUCAAUGAAGGAAAUCCGCGCAAGCCGUUUUCCAUGUGUUUGGAUAUUGAUGAGAGAUUCAGGGAUCUUGUCACUCGUUUAAUGCAUUUCGACCCGACAAGGAGAAGCACGGCGAAGGAGGCUUUGGAGCAUCCUUGGUUUGCGAAUGCUUGA